UGAAAGUUUGUGUUACAAAGAUGGCGGAUUUCCUGCCGUCCCGGUCCUUUCUAUCCAUCUGUUUCCCCAAAUGUCUACUCAACACCAGCGAGGCAGAACAGCUGAGGAUAUCUAAAGAGAUCGACAGAUGUAUUUCGAAAGACAAAACAUACGUGAAGCGGCUAGUGAAGAUACUUUUGCUCGGCGCCGGCGAGAGCGGCAAGUCCACUUUCCUCAAACAGAUGCGCAUCAUCCACGGGCAGGAUUUCGACCAGCUAGCCAGAGAGGAGUUCCGAGCGACCAUCUACAGCAACGUUAUCAAAGGUAUUCGUGUCCUGGUAGACGCACGGGAAAAGCUGCACAUCCCAUGGGGCGAUGCAUCGAAUCAGGCACACGGCGAGGCAGUGAUGAGCUUCGACACACGCUCGACUCAGGGUAUGGUGGAGCCCAAAGUGUUCCAGCAGUAUAUUCCUGCAGUGCGUGCGCUCUGGGCCGACAGUGGCAUCCAGCACGCCUACGACCGUCGCCGCGAGUUCCAGCUGGGUGAAUCAGUGAAAUAUUUCUUGGAUAACUUGGAAAAACUUGGAAUGCCGGACUAUCUGCCGAGUCAGCAGGAUAUCUUACUGGCGCGCAGGCCCACCAAAGGCAUCCACGAGUACGACUUUGAGAUCAAGAACGUCCCGUUCAAGAUGGUGGACGUGGGCGGCCAGCGCUCUGAGCGGCGCCGCUGGUUCGAGUGCUUCGACAGCGUCACCUCCAUCCUGUUCCUGGUAUCGUCGAGCGAGUUCGACCAGGUGCUGAUGGAGGACCGGCUGACCAACCGGCUCACGGAGUCGCUCAACAUUUUCGGCACCAUCAUCAACAACCGUGUGUUCAGCAACGUCUCCAUCAUCCUGUUCCUGAACAAGACCGACCUGCUGGAGGAGAAAGUCAAGAUCGUGUCCAUCAAGGACUUCUUCCCCGAGUACGAAGGCGAUCCACACAGCCUGGACGACGUGCAGAAGUUCCUCGUGACGUGCUUCCGCAACCAGCGCCGCGAGCAGCAGAACAAGCCACUCUACCACCACUUCACCACGGCCAUCAACACUGAGAACAUUCGCCUUGUCUUCCGAGACGUCAAGGACACCAUCUUGCACGACAAUCUCAAGCAGCUCAUGCUGCAGUGAUCUGAACUCUUCCCUCAGCUUCCACUGCUCGCGUCCAAGCCUGGACCACUAAACCUGACUUUUGGGGGUGUGUG